AUGGAAAAGAAAAGUGAAAUGUGCUUAGAUAAAUACAAAGAGUUAAUAAAAGUUGAAAAGACAAAUUAUGAAGCAUUUAAAAAUGAUGAAAAAUGUUUAUUUAUAAGAAAAGAAAUAUUUGAUCAUGCAAUUAUUUAUACGAGUAAUAAAAUUGGUGAAAAUUGUUUGAUAAAUUAUUUAAAAAAUUUAUAUGCAUAUUUUAAAAAAAAACAUGAAGAUAAUAAUUAUGAGAGAAAUAAAAAAGAUGAAAUUUAUAUAAGUCUUGAAGAUUGGUUAGAAUAUAAUGAAUUAAUAAAAAAUCAAGAUAAUGUUGUAUAUCUGAUUUUUAGUUGUAAUAUUUGUAAAUCUUUGUGGAUAUUAUUAAGUAUAACCUUACAAAGCAUAAGAAAAAAAAAUAAUUUAAAAAAGCAAAAAACUAUUUUUAAUUAUACAUAUGAAAAAUUAAAUAUACGAGAAUUAAGUGGGAGUCAAGCAAAGACCGAAAAAAAUACACCAAAUUACAAGAGUUUUUUUCAUGAAAAUGAUAAGAGAGAACAAAUAAAUAAAGAAACAGAUACUGUAAAAUGUUCUGAGAAAUUCGAAAAAGAUAUUUUAAAAGUAUGGAAUGAAAAUUGGUUAGAUGAAUGUAUAUGUAUAGAAUUUGUGAUAUUUUUUAUAAUUUUACAAUUUCUUAAGAUAGAUAAUAUAAAAAAAAAAUAUGAUAAAAAUUUAAAUGAGGAUUGUUGGCCUCAUUUUGUUGGAAACUCAAAAGAUAGUAGUAAUGGAAAACAUAAUAAUGUGUCCCAAAAUGUUUGUGGAUUAUCUACAUCAGGAAAUAAUAAUUCAUUUUGUAAUUUAAAAACAAUAAUUUAUAAAUCUAAUUUAUCUGAUAUAUUUAUUAGUAGUGGAAAAAAUUAUAAAAAACUUUUAGAAACAUAUUUAAUUGCAUUUUUAUCAUGUACAGAUAUUCAAAAUAGUACAUCCUUAACUGAAAUUCCUUUAUAUUUUCGAAACUAUAAUUUUUUUUUAUUAGAUUUUAUUAUAGAAACAAAUGAUGAACAUAAUGUGUAUGAAAAAUAUAUGUUAAAAAAUGAGUAUCAAAUUUUAUAUAAGACAAAAAUAAUAUUAGAUUGGUUAUUAAAAAAUUUACAUAUAUAUGAUGAAUUAAAUGAGAGUAUAGAUAGUAGUGUUAGUAGUAAUGAAAUAGGAAAAGAUAAUGUUAUAGAAAAUAUAUCAAACAAUUUGAACAAGUCUUAUAGUUAUUUUUCUAAAUUAUCAAUAAAAGGAAAUAAUAAUUUUAAAAAUAGUAAUUUAUCAAAUAAUAUAUAUGAAAUACAAAACAAUGAUAUAUAUGAAAUUCGAAAUAUGCAAGGUAAAACAAUAUAUAUAAAAAAUAAUAAAAGUAUAAUAAAUAUAUUAAAUUGUAAAGAAUGUAAUAUAUAUAUAUUAACAACGAUAGAAUAUUUAAAAAUAAAUUUUUGUGUCGAUAUGUAUAUUAUUUGUUUAUCAACAGAAAUGAUAACUACAUUAUUUAAUUCGAGAAAUUUAGAAAUACAUCUAGUUACUAGAAGUUUAAAAAUAGAAAAUGUAAUGGAUACAGAUGUAUAUGUAUAUACAGAAACUAACAUAAUCAUUUAUGGAGAUACGAGAAAUAUUCAACUGGCACCAUAUAACGUUUUAAAUAGUAAACAAAAAAUUCUUUUACAAAAAUCGAAAAUAAAAUUCAAUGAAAAAAAUUUCGAACUUUUUGCAUUUCCUUUGAAGUGCAAAACGAAUUUAUCUCACUCAUUAAACUUAGAAAGUCAAUUUACGAAAGCGACUACCAGCGUUGUUAAUUCUGGCAAUGUUGUGAGUGGUGGUAAUUCUGGCAAUGCUGUGAGUGGUGGCAAUAAACAAUUUGAUAUCGAGUGCUAUUUAAAAGGGCAAGGCGUAAAUAGUAGCUUUAAUAACAUACAUUACACAAAUCAGGGAAAUAAUAAAAUUGGGUUUGGAGACGAAAUAAAUCGAGUUAAUAGUUGUGAUAAAAAUUUUAUAAAUUCAAAUUUUUCAGAAACAUUUACAGAUUAUGUGUAUUAUAUAUUAUGCCCAUCCAAAUUUUAUAUAAUUGAGAUUCCUAAUUUAGAAUCUGAACCAUUACAAAAUAAUGAAGAUAAUUAUGCUUGUUUAUAUCUUCCCGAGGUUUAUAAAAAUUCGAUUGAAAAAAAAGAUCAACUAACUUUGAAUUUGUUAAAUAUUGUAGAUGAUAUUAAUUUAACGAAAUUACAAAAAGAAAAAGUGACAAAAAUUCUGACAUAUAAAUUAUAUGAAUACAUUCGAAAAUCAAAACGAAUUUCCAAAACUGUGAGUGAUAUACUUGUUCGAGACAGUGACACCAAAGGGGACUGUUUUAGCGAAGAUAAUUGA